GAGAGCAAAUUCCUGCGCUGUUAGCACCGGCCCCAUCGCUGGGAUGUUCCGGAGGAGGCGUCGCAAGAAGCCAAGGUUACUGCAAUGGUGCACGCUCAGUGUGCUGUGGAUGACCAUAGUGAUCCUCAUGGCGAUCGGACUAGCAAUCCAGACGUUGGGAAUCGCGGAUAAGAAAAGUCACACACAGAAGGUUGAGAAAGUGAUGGCGAAGGAGACCUUUUACUUCUCGAUCUUGCGAAACCCGGUGACCCUGGCCGAGUCGUCCUUUACCUAUUACAAAGGAACGAGUGCGGCCUUCAAGAAGGUAGACUCGCUGGAGCAGUUCCUGAGGGACCCGUGGAGAUAUUACUCGGCCAGGGAACGGGGCAACCAGUACGCCAGGAACCUGAUGUGGUUCGACUUUGGCUUUGACCACAACUCCAACGACACAGCAGACUACGUGGAGCUGGUCCUCAAGGAGAUCAGGAGCACCUUCCACCUCAUCCUGCUUUCGGAAUACUUUGACGAGUCCAUGAUCCUCCUGAAGGACGCCCUGUGCUGGGAGUUCGACGACGUCGUCUCCUUCAAGCUGAACUUCCGCAGCGACGUGACGGUGAGGAGGCUCUCGGAGGAGGCCGUGAGACGGGUGAAGGCCUGGAACGCGUUGGACUGGAAGCUCUACCUUCACUUCAACCACACCUUCUGGCAGAAGGUGGAAAGCUACGGCCAGCAGAGGAUGAGGAGCGACGUCCGUGUCUUGCGGGAGAAGCGGAGGAAGCUGAUGGACCUGUGUCUCCAAGGGAGCAAGCCUGUGGAGGCCAGUCAAAUCCAGGACAAGAACAUUAAGCCCUUCCAGUACGGCCGGGCCCAGAUCAUGGGUUACAACCUGAAUUCGAACCUGGACAACAGCACCAGGGAGAAAUGCUUACGGAUGGUCAUGCCUGAGCUCCAGUACAAGGACCUACUCGAUGCCAAGCUGUUCCCGCCGACUCCCACCACCAAAAGUCAGCAGCAGCUGGAGGUACAUUUCUGAGGAGAGGGGAAGGAUGGACCGCUCCUUUUGCCCAACGGAGAAGAAAAAAAAGUCUCGCUCUGCCCGUUCGAGUCGGGCUGAGAGAAAUCUCCAGGAAAGUCACUUUUCUCGCUGCCACUUCCAUAAUGCCCCUGGGGAGGGGUGCCAUACGCCAAUUCUCAGCCUCCGUCCGAUCUAAGGUUUCAUC